GUUCCAUCGAUUAUGAGCAACUUGCUGAAUCCAGAUGCCAUUUUCUCCAACAAUGAGCUGAGCCUGUCAGACAUCGAGAUCUAUGGCUUUGACUACGAUUACACGUUGGUGUUCUACUCUAAGCACCUCCACACGCUCAUCUUCAAUGCUGCUCGGGACCUUCUCAUCAAUGAGCACCGGUACCCCGUGGAAAUCCGGAAGUAUGAAUAUGACCCAGAUUUUGCAAUCCGUGGGCUGCAUUAUGAUGUCCAGAGGGCGAUAUUGAUGAAGAUUGAUGCUUUUCAUUACAUCCAGCUGGGCACAGUUUACAGAGGCCUCAGUGUGGUCCCCGAUGAGGAAGUCAUCGAGAUGUACGAGGGGUCUCACGUGCCCUUGGAGCAGAUGAGUGACUUCUACGGGAAGAGCUCUCACGGGAACACUAUGAAGCAGUUCAUGGACAUCUUCUCCCUGCCCGAGAUGACCCUGCUGUCCUGCGUGAAUGAACACUUCCUGAAGAACAACAUCGACUAUGAGCCCGUGCACCUGUACAAAGAUGUCAAGGAUUCAAUUCGAGACGUUCACAUCAAAGGGAUCAUGUACAGAGCGAUCGAAGCUGACAUCGAAAAGUACAUCUGCUAUGCCGAGCAGACCCGCGCAGUGUUGGCCAAACUGGCUGACCACGGGAAGAAGAUGUUCCUUAUCACCAACAGCCCCAGCAGCUUUGUGGACAAAGGGAUGCGCUACAUCGUUGGGAAAGACUGGAGGGACCUAUUCGAUGUGGUCAUAGUUCAGGCUGAGAAGCCAAACUUCUUUAAUGAUAAGCGGAGACCUUUCCGAAAGGUGAAUGAGAAAGGUGUCUUACUCUGGGAUAAAAUCCACAAGUUGCAGAAAGGCCAGAUUUACAAGCAGGUAUCUGUAUAUGAAUUUCUGAAGCUCACUGGAUGGAGAGGAUCAAAAGUGUUGUAUUUUGGUGACCACAUAUACAGUGACCUGGCGGAUUUGACCCUGAAGCAUGGCUGGCGGACAGGUGCCAUCAUCCCUGAGUUGCGGUCAGAGCUGAAGAUCAUGAACACCGAGCAGUACGUUCAAACCAUGACUUGGCUGCAGACCUUGACUGGGCUGCUGGAGCAGAUGCAGGUUCACAGAGACGCCGAGUCACAGCUGGUUUUGCAGGAGUGGAAGAAGGAGAGAAGGGAGGUGAGAGAAAUGACCAAAAGUUUCUUCAAUGCCCAGUUUGGGAGCUUGUUCCGCACCGACCAGAACCCCACCUACUUCCUGCGGCGCCUGUCGAGGUUUGCCGACAUCUACAUGGCGUCCCUGAGCUGCCUCCUGAACUAUGAUGUGAACCACACGUUCUACCCCAGGAGGACUCCCCUGCAGCACGAGCUCCCCGCCUGGUCGGACAGCUCCUCUGCCUUCAGAGCCCCGGCCCUGCAGGAGGCCCAGGCCAAAUAGCCCCACGUGUCCACCUGUGGGAACAGCCAGAGGCAGCACGUGAUGGGGUUGACUUUGUGUGGGUCUGAGGGUUGCCUUCUGAAAAGAUCUCCAUAUGCCUUUUGAUAUUUGUUUGGUAUCUGCUGGGGAAUACAACAGGUCCAGACAGGCGCUGGCCUUCCGGUCCUUGUAGGGCUGAUUGGCAGGCUUUAUUUGAAACUGUUCAGCCUUGUUUACUGAGGUCCCCAAACAGAUGCCAGAUCUUCUGGGAUAGGCAAGACCACGUGAUGCCUGUCUGUGUUCAGCUGGUUGGAACUUGUUCUCGACUCUUCCAAGGACAUUUCCAGGCAGGCCUUGGGGACUGCAGGAGCAUGGUGAUGGGGCAAAGAUAACCUGCUAGCAAGAACAGCUGACCUGUGAGCCCCUCAAUGGCCCAGCGCUGCAGCACGUGGCAGCCAGUUCCUGAGGCCUGCAACCUCAGGCUGACGUGCAUUCCCAUGCACGAUGCCAAGGGGACUCGCCUUCCCUGGGAGGAUGAGUGAGAAAGGACAGGAACCCAUUGUCCUGGGUUGUACUUGCUGUAUCCUACCCCACGCUGGCCGGGGACCGCUGGCGAGCAGGUGAACAAGUGGUGGUGGGUCUGCAACCUGAGCUCAGGUUGGAAUCUCCUUCUGCCUGGCAGGACAGUCCUCAUGGAAUAAGGCUGCAAGAGCAGAAGCCCAGCCUUGGCGUGAGGUCUGUGCGGGGCAGCCUGAGCGCUGGGCAUUGCAGCGGCGAGGUAGGAAGGCCUGGCUAGCUUGAGUUUUUCUCAUUCUAAGCAAGACAGGCAGCCUAUGUGUUGAUCCUAUAUCAUAUUUCUAUAGUGUCUGUCAACAUAAAGUACUUGCAGACUUGAGCACAGGCACCACCCCUCUGAGUGCUGUAGGAAUGAAUGAAUGCCUGUCCUUAACAAUCCGACUGUCGCUGAUGGUAUUUCAUUGGUACUCUGCAUACAUGCUUGUGCUCAGAUUAGCCUCUUCCAUGUUGCUGGAACGCAUUUUAAGCUUUUUCCAUAAUCUAGCAGUAUUUAUUUUUUUAUUUUCUC